AUGCUCCGGCACACUUUAACCCUUAUACUUUUCUACGCCGCCCUUGUAACUUCCCAAGACAAACCAUGCAUUGAUGAUCCGGAUGUUGAUUGCGCCUCCUUCAAAGAUGACUGUACUAACCCUAAACUGCUCCCACUGUUGACCCAGUCCUGCCCGGUAACCUGCAACCUGUGUCCCUCUACCGUAUCGCCAACAACUCUUGCACCAUGUUUUGACGACAAAAGCGUCAAUUGUAAUGUCUUCAAGAAAAAUUGCAAUGACCCAGAUUACAUCCCCAUGCUGAAGAAGUUUUGUCCAGAGACUUGUAAUAUGUGCCCAGGAGCUACCACUCCGACUCCUGAUUCAAAUUGUAAGGAUUGCAGUCCAAACUGUGCUAGUUGGGCCAAGAGGGGCUUCUGCACCAACUGCUGCUAUUCAUGCCAAGACCGAGAGAGGUACUGUGCAAAAACGUGUGGAUUCUGCUCGGCCGGAACUUGCAAGGAAUGCAAUAGUUUCGAGAAACUUCUGAGCUUCAAUAAAGAGUUCUCAAUGAUUCUUUAAUAUUUUAUGUUACAAUGAAAGUUUUUAUAUCGA